UCCGGUACUCAUCUGACCUAAUUCAUGAAACUUCAGUUUGUAAAGGUUCGAUCAACGAUUCUGAACUUGUUGUUUGAGAUAAAAAGACGCUUAAGCCACAAAUGGCUAAUAUAGCAGUAGCUCGGAUAAAAAGAGAAUUUAAAGAGGUUGUGAAAAGCGAGGAGGUGAAAAGCUUUGAAAUUAGUGUAGAAUUAACAAAUGACACUUACACAGAAUUAAAAGGAGAGAUAGCAGGGCCACCUGAUACCCCAUAUGAAGGAGGAAAAUACCAGCUUGAAAUAAAGAUUCCAGAGACUUACCCAUUUAAUCCACCUAAGGUACGCUUUAUAACAAAAAUAUGGCAUCCAAAUAUCAGUUCAGUGACAGGUGCCAUCUGUUUAGACAUUUUAAAAGAUCAGUGGGCUGCAGCGAUGACGUUACGGACAGUUCUGAUUUCCCUACAAGCUCUCCUUGGUGCAGCAGAACCAGAUGAUCCACAAGAUGCAGUUGUAGCAAAACAAUACAAAGAAAACCGGGCAAUGUUUGAGAAAACUGCACGGCAUUGGGCAUAUGCUUAUGCUGGAGCAAGUAAUAGAGAUCCUGAUCUCAUUGAAAAGUUAAAGCAAGCAGUUUCCAUGGGAUUUGAAGAAAACCGAGCAAGAACUGCUCUCUCAACCUGCAACUGGGAUGUGGAAAGAGCCGCAGAACAGUUAUUAAGCUAGAACAUUGAAAUUUUUUCUUAAAAAAAACAACUGAAGACUUAACAAAGAGACAGAAACCAAUGCCUAUGUGUUAAAAGUCUUCACCAAAUCAACCCAUACCUACCACAACAUUUCAAGAAUGAGACUAAAAACACAAACAUGAUGUCAGCCAAUGGCAAGUCUUCAUAAUCAAAAGAACUCUAAGGCCUUUUUUUUUCUCAAUUGAUGAAGUUUUAUACAAACGCUGUCGUUUUUUCUUAAUCAUCCAUAAAAACCUGUAGACAUGCAAAUUGUAUAUUCUUGGAAUCAUUUGUACGAUUCACAAUUAAAUCAUGGUCUGUAGUGACAGUAAUUAUUUAUCAUUUGGCGAAGUUGCUGUUUUUCUUAUUAAAUGAUUGAAAAUAUGACUCUUUUUUUUUGCCGUCUUGUGAUAUAAUAUUUCUACUCAUAAAAUCAUAUCUUUCAA